UGAGGCCUGGGGAGGCAGGCGGGGCGCCCGGAGGCGGGGCUUGGGGAGCUCGCCCCACGCGGGGCGGGGCUGCCGCGGCCGCGGGAGCCGCAGUUCGGACUCCCCGCGCCACAGUCGCCGCAGUUCCCUCCCCUCUGGUGGCCCCGCUGCCCCGCGGAGAGCCCGGGGUCGGCGGGCGCUGGGACUAGGCGCGGGGCGGCCCGCCUCCCCUCCCUCGCGGGGCCUGGACGGUCGGGCCGCGGGGACAUGGAGCCCGCUCCCGCCGCGGGGGGCUCGGAGACGACUCGCCUGGUGAGCUCCCGGGACCGCGACGCCGCGGGGGGCGGCCUGCGCUUGAAGAGGGGAGGCCUAUGCAGCAAGUGGUCACACUGAAGUCCAGCUAACGUGCGGCAGACUCCAGAGCCAGUGUUCCUACUGCCGCCGACGCCAGCCACAGCAGCGUGCACACCGCCUCCCCAUGGCAACCCUGCUCUGGAAUCUGGCCAUUCGUUCUCUGUGCCAGGAACCUCGGACUUUUUGGGUCCCAACAUUCCACUCCCCCCUUAAAGGGCUGCCCUUCAGCUGCAUGUCUGGAGAGGAAAGUGAAGGAUCUGGGAGUGGAGGCACAAGAGUCUCUUCACAGAGCCCAUGGAGUCCACAGCUGAGGAGACAACUUUCCACUGCCACAGGGACCCCCUGCCACAGCCCGGCCUCACCCCGGAGAGGCUGCGGGCGCAGAGGCAGCUAUGCGUCGCCUGCGCUGUGUGCUGCACCUUUAUGGCCGGGGAGGUGGUUGGUGGGUAUUUAGCACACAGCCUGGCCAUUAUGACCGACGCAGCCCACCUGCUGGCAGAUGUGGGCAGCAUGCUGGGCAGCCUCUUCUCUCUCUGGCUCUCUACCCGUCCAGCCACCCGCACCAUGACCUUUGGCUGGCAUCGCUCAGAGACUCUGGGGGCUUUGGCCUCUGUGAUCUCCCUCUGGAUGGUCACGGGCAUCCUCCUGUACCUGGCCUUCAUCCGCCUGCUGCACAGCGACUACCACAUCGAGGGGGGCGCCAUGCUGGUGACCGCGGGCAUCGCAGUCUGUGCCAAUCUGCUAAUGGCCUUUGUGCUGCACCAGGCUGGGCCCCAGCACAGCCAUGGGUCUAGGGGGGCUGAGUAUGCACCGCUGGAGGAGGGACCCGGGGAGCACCUGCCCCUGGGGAACACCAGUGUCCGGGCGGCCUUUGUGCAUGUACUGGGGGACCUCCUGCAGAGCCUUGGGGUGCUGGCUGCCUCCAUCCUCAUCUACUUCAAGCCUCAGUGCAAGGCAGCUGAUCCCAUCAGCACCUUCCUCUUCUCUAUCUGCGCCCUUGGGUCCACGGCUCCCACCCUCCGAGAUGUUCUCCGUGUCCUCAUGGAAGGUGCCCCCCGCAAUGUGGGCUUUGAGCCGGUGAGGGAUGCACUGCUGUCAGUGCCAGGAGUCCAGGCCACUCAUGAACUACGCAUGUGGUCCUUGACGCUCACGUACCACAUUGCCUCUGCACAUCUGGCCAUCGACUCCACUGCGGACCCAGAUGCUGUCCUGGCCGAAGCCACAUCCCGGCUCUACUCCCGAUUUGGAUUCUCCAGCUGUACCCUGCAGGUUGAGCAGUACCAGUCCAAGAUGGACCAGUGCCUGCGCUGCCAGGAGCCUCCCCAAGCCUGAGCUGGCCCUGCCCUCUCCCCACUGCCAGGCCCUGGCUCAGCCCUAGGCUCUCAGCUGGGCCCUUACCCCUUCCUCUCUCCCUCCUGCCACCUGCCAACUCCCCAGCCCCAAGCCCCAGUGGGCAAGACCAAAGUAAGGGGGGAGUGGGGUGGGAGUUGGGCUGAGCAGGGAAUCAGUGCAGUGGGGGGUGGGGGUCCCAGCUCCCCGCGGUCUGGGGAGCCAUGAGCAUCCUUUCCGUGCAGUUCAUUUGUCUGUGUGGCAGGCUGGCCGCUGGCUGGGGCAUCUGCCUGUCUGUGUGCUGUUGGUGUGCCUAGGCCUGGGGGAGGUCAUCAGGGGCCCCUCUCCACAUGGCCCUCGCUCUGUCUAUGCAGGAGCCCCCAAAACUUGCACUUUGUCCGUGUGUUCUGGCCCUGUGGCUUUGUCUGUAUGUGUGUGUGUGUGUGUGUUUCUUGGUGCUGUGGCCUGUGUCUCUCUGUGCCUGUGUGGCUGCGCUAUGGUCUCUGAGUCUGCACCAUCCAUGUGUCCCUUUGGGGGUCUGUCUAUCCCUCUGUUGGUGCUGUGCCCUGGGCUUUCCCAGAGAGAGGGAGGACUCCACUGCAGCUCCACAAUAAACGUGUGUGUCACUGCAUCCUUCAGCCCGUGCUGACUCCUGGGGCGGGAAAUAGAAUCCGUCACCUGAGCACCGACAGAAUCCGACAGUCCAGUGACCUCCACAGCCCUCGACCCCUCCCCAGCCGCCCCCUCCACCAUUAACUGUACCUCCCCGUGAUACAGGUUGGAACCGCAGGCUCGUCCCACCUUCCCCUCCUCAGCGUGUGCCAGCCUGGGCUGGAAGGCAAGGAGCGAAGGGCUUCUGGGAGUCAUUCCUAAAGGCUCCCCCAGGCCACGGUGCCUGCCUCCGGCUGGUCAGAGGGAAGCUGCGUGGCUCUGGGGGAGCGUGGCUGGACCCCGGGGCUGAUGUGGGCUCGGUUCUCAGCUGCAUGAUGCCAGGGAUGGGCCUUCAUCCCUGACUGCCCCCCCUCGGGUCCAGGCUUGGGCUGCGGACACCAAGGACCUCUUUACAGUUCUUCCCCUUUUGCCUUCAGGAUCAUAUAGGAUCAUAUAGAUUUGAUCUGACAAGCCAGACCUACUGAGGAAUUGAUUUUUGCUUUUUAAAAACCAAACUGUGUGUGCUGACUUGAGAUCUAGUGCUUCGGAUCAGCAGAGCUCACUGGCCUUCCCACCACAGCGAUCAAGCCCCAGCCCCAAGCAG